AUGGAGUCACGCGCAGUCGAAACAGAGACAGGAGCGCAGCUGGCCGAUCAAACAGAAGGUCCUGUGAUCAACCAGUUUCUAGAAGAGUACAAGAGGAGUGGAUACUUGGCCUACGGAAAGCUGACCCGACUCGCCAAAACAAUCGUGGGGGAUGAGCUGAGUCGGCGCAAUAUUAAGCAUGAGCUCUACGACCGGGGGAGAGGGGGCUGGGAUGGAGGAGGGGCAAAGACACCAAAUUCAGCCAGACGAACUAUCCUCCGACGGCAGGCUGAGCGCACCCAGAGGUACGAGAAAGUCGAGGAAAUCGAGAAGGAUAUGCACGAUCUCGCCGGUAUUCGGAUUGCACUUUACUAUCCCAACGAUUUUUCAAAAGUCGAAGGGAUGAUCACCGAGCGGUUUGAAGAAGUGAAGGCGGUCCAGGACUGGCCGGACUCGGAAUUUGGACCACAUCGCUAUCCGAGUCUUGACGCAGAACCUUCUGCACGCACCGACAUCUCUGGACGCAGAAGCAGGUUCCUAGGAUACUUUGCUCGUCAUUACCGAGUUCAGCUGAAGCCGAAAGAUGAUGAUGGCCAAUCGGCAUUGAAAGAUAGGGUCCUGGAGAUUCAGCUCAUGUCGCUGCUAAUGCAUACCUGGUCGAAGAUGCACCACGAACUGAUCUACAAGCCGCAGGAAGGACUCCCGGAAGUCGACGAAGAUGACGAGCGCCUUGUCGAUGUAUCCAAUGGAAUCAUCAUUGCGGGAGAGCAGCUCUUACGGCACAUCCAGAUCAGCCUCGACAGGAAGAAGGCGCGGGGAUCUCUCCCAUUCAAGAAUGAGGAAGAUUUCCUAAGCUACCUGCGGGAACAGCGUUGGAAAGCAGGGGCCCGCUCAAGUGAGCAGUACCUCAUGGCGCGCAGUGGUUAUAACAUGGACGGGAUUCUCUAUCGCUCACUUCGUGCGUAUGGACUAAAUACCCGCGAGAAGAUCGAUUGGCUACUUGAAAAGGUUGACAGACCCACUCAUGAAAGCGAAUUUCUCCUUAUCACCUUGGCCAACUCGGAAUGGUUUAGAGACCGCGAAGCCUCGACGCUGCGGCUUCCGAAGUCGGACAGACGCAAUCCGUCCCGGCCUUACGAAGCGCUCAACCGAGAUGAAGCGACACGACUAGUGCGCUACUAUGCAUGGCUCAUCAGUAGUGCCUUGAGGUGGCAGGAGGUCCCGGAAAUGGCCUUCCGUGGAUAUGCGCCAUACAACGACAACCUCCCUUCUGGGGAGGAUUUCCUCCAGAUCCUCCAUCCGAAGAGCCAGGGACUACUCAAGGCAGACACUGUUGCAUGUUGA